AUGGGGCAGAGACCAGAAGGAGAGGAAACCCCAAAGUCAGGGAAAACAUCAGGGUUUGCCUGCUCCCAGGAACUGUGGAGCUUCCGAGAUCUGCAGCACUGCAAGUCCGGGGUGCCCUCAAGAAGAGGCCUCUGCGUUUGGCAGCCGUCUGCACCUGCUCAGGGGCGCCGUGAUCAGGGCAGGCCCUUGGCUUGCAGGGACCGGUCGCGGGGCUCUCCGAGAGCCGCUGCCCAGAUACCCAAGAAGCGCGGUGCUCGUCGUGCUCUGCCGCCGCCGCCGCUCCGGCCAGCCCCCUCGCCGCCCGCGCGCACCAGACAGCGCCGCAGCCGCACUCGCCGCACACGCCGGCCACUGGGCGAAAGUUGCGCGCCCCCCCCGACGCUGGCUGGCGGACUCCGGAUGCGCUCCGAGGAAGCCGCGGCCCCAGCAGCGCCCGGCCAGGCAGGCUCGCCUCACGCUGGGACGGCGCCCCCGCCCCCGAGGGCUCUGCCCAGGCAGAAAGGGCGACUGGAGCCGGAACCAACCAUGGACACGCCGCACCUGGACCUCCUGGUGUCCCCGGAGGGAUGCCCUUCCCCCCUGGAGCUGAAAUCCGCCCCCAGUAAGAAGAUGUGGGUCAAGCUCCGGGCACUAGUGACCGUCAGCAGAAGAAUCAUCUAUCUGAAAGUUUUCCAGAAGCAGUGAAGUCUUGAAUUUGGG